GUCAAAUGUGGAGAGGUCCGAGACACUUACGAGAUGAACAGGUACAUAUGGAGAAAUUGUAUGCAUGGUUUGGAGCAUAGAAGGGGAAUUGGGUUGGCUGGCAUUGUUGACUAAGAGGGUUCAUCAGAUUCUGGAUGCUAAGUCAACUUCUAUAGGGAAUACUGCAGUAACCAGGUAAGAUCGACGUACGUAACCGAGUAUCUAGACUACGCAGAUACCGUUUACGAGUGAACUACGAUAAUAUUCUUUUCGCCUAGUGUUAGUCCAAUUGCCAACCCGGGGAAGCGUUUCCCCAGAUCAUCGCCAAGGUGAGAAUAUUCAAACGGAGUAUAGGACAACCAGUCUAGACCCCAUACCCCAGAAUUCGCAUGCAUGGUAGAUUGCACAAUAAUAUGCCUACACAUAUGCCGAAUUCAUGUACCCGGUUUCCUGGUAGUGGAUAGAGAAUCGCACGACUCUAUUGGAAGAUGUUGCUGAAAUUCACCAAUCGUUGAUCUGAUGAAAGCAUUCCGCCUUAGGUCAUACUGAUACUACCGAAGACCCGGGGUAGUGGGAUGCAGACGCGACAAGACGCUGUCAAGUCAAGAAAUUUAAAUAGACGUUAGGUUCCAGAUAAAAUCCCGAGUGCCUCGAGUGCCUAUCCGCUUACCAUAUCUCACCAUCUGUGACGAGUGACGAUGGCUUGGUCCUGGCUAACCUUGGGUGUGAACUUUUCGAUGCUUAUCAGUAGUGUCGAGUCAAGAUCGCCGGCCCUCACAGAACGAACAUGGAACGGUAGCCUGUAUGGAUGCAAGUGUUACUUUGGCGACGAAUGCUGGCCGAGCGAGAACACUUGGGCCGGCCUGAACUCAACGGUGAAUGGGACCCUAGCGGUGAACAUUCCACCUGGCGCACCUUGCCAUAAUACAUUUCAAGGCCCUCUUGGCUCCAUCUCAACUUACGAUGCCGCUGCUUGCGAGAACGCAACGGCUAUGUGGUCUAAUGAGCAAUGGAAUGUCGAUAAACCAGCCGCGGCAUUGUGGACAUAUUACGCAAAUGACACUUGUCGACCAACGAGUGAUCCCACCCAAUCUUGCACCCUUGGCUUCUAUGGUGUGUAUGUGAUCGAGGCUCAAUGCAGAGACCACGUCAAGGCGGGUGUAGACUUCGCCAGGGAAAAUAAUUUGCGUCUCAUCAUUCGAAAUACUGGUCACGACUUUGCUGGACGUAGUACAGGUUGGGGCUCAUUGGUGGUCAACACACACAACUUGGAAGGUGUCGAGUUCACCGCAGGAUAUCAAGGUCCUGGUGGCUAUGACGGAGGUGCUGUAACGAUAGAGGCGGGAGUCCAGGCGCGGGCAUUAUUGACUCAGGCUAAUGCUCAGAGUCCACCUGUAACGGUGGUAACUGGAGAAUGUCCGACCGUCGGAGUGGCUGGCGGGCUUGUUCAAGGUGGUGGUCACGGUCCUCUGACACCACAGUAUGGAUUGGUUGCCGAUAGCGCCUUGUCCUUUGACGUGCUUACCGCGGACGGUAAAUACCUAACAGCAAAUUCCGAAGAAAAUCCCGACCUGUUCUGGGCGUUGAAGGGCGGUGGACCAUCGACAUAUGCCGUCGUACUCUCCGUGACGCUCAAAACGUAUCCGGUACAGAAGGCGGCUGGCGUUCUCAUCAACAUCAACUCGACGCUCACCAAUGACACAAACGUAUUCUGGGAUGGAGUCACGUCAUUCCAUAAAUAUUCCAACAAGUUCGUCGCGGCUGGUCUUUACGUCUAUUUCGAGAUCAUGCCGCAACGCCUGCAUAUACAGCCAGUCUUGGGCGUCGGAAAGACUUCUGCGGAGGUGGAGGCUAUCCUACAGCCCAUGUUCGAUGAGUUCAAGGCCAAAGGUGUUCCUUACGAUACGACCAGUAAGGAUUUCGACACGCUAUACGACUUGUAUAUCGACCUAUUUGAAGACGAGACUGCCGGGACACCAGCACUCAUAGGCGGAUGGUUGUUCACCCAGCAAGAUGUCGAAGAGAAUAACGAGGGGAUAGUCAAUGCCUUCAAGACAGUGCUGUCUCCACGCGAAGACUUGGAAGGUCAGGGGGUCAUCAUCGGUCAUAUGUGGGAUGCCGGCCUAAAUAUGCCGAUCCCGAACAGCGCAACUAAUCCCAAGAUGAGACAGUCGAGCGAUUUCAUCAUCGCUUCCCUCACCGUCCCCGACGGUAUAACUUGGGCUCAAAGAGAGGACUUUCAAAAUGUUCUCACCAACAUUCAAGAUGACGCGUUGAAGAAGGCAGGCCCCAAUGGGUGCGCGUAUGUGAGCGAGGGGAACCCCUUUCAGCCUGAGUGGCAAGAAAAUUUUUGGGGUCCGCAAUAUCCCAAGUUAUUAGAACUUCGUAAGAAGUGGGAUCCCAAUGGAGUCUUCUACGCCAUCUCGACGCCGGGGACUGAAGAUUGGGAAGUCAUCGAAUAUGGCACAAGACUAUGUCGUAAAUAUUGAACGUGUACCCCUGAUGAGGAGCUAGUGUAAGUGAACCGAAGAGUAGCAGAAGCAACGAAACUGCCUCAUUCUCUACUUGGAUUAUCAAUUUAUAAGACUGGUGUGGAUAGAUAAGAUUUGUAUUAUUUCAUAGAUGGGUAGACGUUUUCGAAGACUUGAGGUUAUUUGUAACUUUGUUGUACAGAAGUAUGAGACGAUUCAGCCAUGUACUUAUCGGUAUUCGUUAUUGCUAAACUGAGACUAUCAAUGCUAUUAAAAUGUAUAUGCACCUAUAGGUGACACGUGACGUCAGCGCCUUGCAUUUCAAUAUCUCUAUCUUAUCUCAUAUGCUUAUAAGGAAGAU